AGUCGAUUGGAAAGUCAAGGCAAACAAGGAAGACUACUUCAUUAUUGCUUGACGUCACAAUGGCCUCAAAAAUAGAAAACAUUGGAAGUUAGUAAUUAAGUUUUUAAUUUAAUAGGAAAUUAAGUGUAUUCAACGGCGAUGUAAUUCGCGGAAGAAAUGCAAUGUAUCUCGGAUAAAAUCCCGUAGACGCGUUAUUAUGAGGAAAUGAAGGAUAAAGCGAUGAAUGGUAGUCAAAAUUCAGUGCUUCUCACUUGUUUUUAUAGCGGCAAAAAAAAGUUGCGGGUAAUAUUUCACAAAGGCGUUAUCGUGUGGGACAACGAGAGACCACCUUUAGAACAGUGUAGAGUGCCCAUCGAAGACGUUAUUUCAGUGGAGCACAAUUUUUUAAAAGGUUUCCAUUCCACUGUACCCAGGCAAACGGAUCCUAAUAAUUUCACCAUUCAUUAUGCGGAAAAGGCGAAAGACGAUAAAUGGUUGUAUAAAACUUUGGCUUUAAAACAUUCUGAUCCCUUACAAGUUUCAUCAUGGGUGAAAACUUUACAGAACCAUUUACGUGGGUUUGAAAAGAGGCCUAAGCAUCUCCUGCUAUUUGUAAAUCCUUUUGGUGGUAAACAAAAUGCAAUGCAAAUCUAUGAAAAAUUUGGAAAGGAACUAUUUAGUGUGGCUGGGGUGGAGGUCACAGUAAAUGUUUCCCAAAGAAAAAAUCAAAUCCAAGAUUUCCUAGUAAACCAUAACUUGGAUAUGUUUGAUUCCAUUGCCUGUGUUGGUGGUGAUGGAACAGUAUCCGAGAUGUUCAACGGUUUAGUUUUGCGAGAGUGUAAAAUUAAAGGAAUCGAUCCCAACAAUAUAAAUCAAAAUUUGCCAAAACCUAGGAAACCAGUUGGAAUUAUACCAGGAGGUAGUACUGAUACAAUAGCUUAUUGCAUUCAUGGAACUACAGAUCAAACCACAGCAGUAUUGCACAUUAUAUUUGGUGAUACAUUAGGACUAGAUUUAGUGUCUGUAUAUGAUGAACAUAGUCUGCUAAGGUUAUAUGCUAGUGUUUUAAGUUAUGGGUAUUUGGGUGAUGUGGCUUACCAUAGUGACCAGUAUAGAUGGAUGGGUCCCCAUAGAUAUGAUUAUUCUGGUUUUAAAAAGCUGAUGCUGAACAAGGGUUAUGAAGGUGAGAUCGCAAUUUAUACCGACAAAAAAGAAGUGGAUGAUAUACGUUGCCGAGCUAAAUGCGAAGUUUGUGAAGGUAGUAACCGCGUUAGUCACAAAGUGUCUUGCAAAUGGGAAACCCUAAAAGGGAAAUUUUUUAUGGUCAGUGGAGCUAACAUCAGUUGCGCUUGUAGUCGAAGUCCUAAGGGCAUCGCGCCAUAUUGUCAUUUGGGCGAUGGAAAAGUCAAUAUAGUAAUAGUUAGACAUACGUCCAUUAUAAAUAAUUUGAGGCUGUUACUUCGAUUAUCCAGUGGUGAUAAAGGAAUUGAAGAUUUGCCAUUUGUAGAGACACUUACUGCAAGGGAAUUUUGUUUUAGAGCGGUAAACGGGCCAAGUAGAUGGAACUGUGAUGGAGAGGUUCAACACCAAACUAAUAUCCGAGCCAAGGUUAGAUGUCAGUUACUCACUAUUUUUAGCAGGGGAAGUGAGAAAUCGUCGAUUCCAAAUGAACAAUGCUGCAAAUUUUAAAAUAAAUUUCAUUUUAAUUUUAUUAUAGUUUUUGUGACCAAUAGUUUCUAACUAAAUCUAGCGAUUCAGUAAAUCCUUUUGCUUAUAAGUACAAUAAUAAUUUGGAGUUGGGUAUAUUUUAUUAUUAGACAUUCCAUUAGAAAGGAAGUAGCAAAUCAAAACCAUCCAAAACAUUUUCUUUAAAAAUCGUAAAAAACAAAUACCUGCCACGUAAAUCAAUAAUAUUGUGUUAAAAGGAUGAAAUAAUAGCGCUUUUAUCUGGAGCCCCUAAAACUCGUGGAAAAGUAAUAGGCUAUAAAUCAAAGUGACAGCAUAAGAAUUCGCAUAUUGCAGGUGUACCAUUUUUUUUUAUAAGGGAAGCCAAACAUGUUUUCUUUGGGUAAAAGAAAUGACAACUGAUCCAUUUACAUUUUUUUAAAGGAGGUAAUUCAAAAUUUAUGAACAUCGUAAAAUUAACAAGAUUUAUUGAUAUAUUGCCAUAUAUUACAAAAAUAUUUUAAAACAGGAUUGGCUUGAGUGAGGCAUUUGUUUUUAUGCGGUUUAAUAUUUUAACUGUCAAUAGCCUACUUUGAUUGUUGCUAAAUUCAUAUGCAUAUAGAAUUGAUAUGAUUUUAUUUUAAACGACAAAGUUAAUAACAUCUGUGUGCUUUGAGAUUUUAUUUAUUGUAUUUUGAAAUAGGAAUAUUAGAAUAUAUAGCAAAAAAAGACCUAGUUGGUAACUCCUAUUGCUGCAUUCCUUUUCUUUAGUAUCAAUCGUGAUAAUUUGUUUUUGUUGUAUAUUAUGUUAUAGUUGUGAAAUAGUUUAUAUCCCGGUGAUUUGUGCUUAAAUAUUACUCGGUAAUAGUAUAGACCUUGGUUUAGGUAUGUACAUUCUUUUUAUCAAUAAAAAUUUGCUCAAAACUAAUUCCAUUAGGUUU